AUGUUAGCUACAGCAAGUGCCGUUAUUUUUAAUUAUGUUGAUACAAAUGUUGAGAGAAGACCUGGACAAUAUUUUGUUUUUUAUAGCCAAGAAUCACCUAUCCAUAUGUCACAGCAACUUAACCGCCCCAAUGGAUGCAACCACCCCAAGAGAUAA